CCCUCCCUGUCCUCAGUCACUUUGAAGGCUGCCAUGCCAACCGACACCACGCCAUGCAAGACAGAAGAGCCAUGCAUGCUCAUGGACUGACUGUCCGGGUCGAUCCCGUUGCUUGUUUCUUUCUGCUGCUACUUGUGCCACCAGUCCCAGGCCUGGUCGUACAGCCGGGUGCAGGCGCCCUUGACGCUCUCGGGCACCAGCUUUUCGGCAGCAUCAGCGGCGGCCCCAGCGGCCAUGGAGCAGAAGCCCUUUGCCGCACUGGCAGUCGACGACAGCGCAUCGAGUGCCGUCACCAGACCUGGCGGCACGUUAUCGUGGUAGAGACGGGUGAACGCCUCGUGUGUCGUCUGUCCUGCCUUGUCGGUCGCCCGCUUGUAGAGGCUGUUGGCCUUGUCGAGGUGCUCCUGCGCUUCGGCGAGGUGGGCAUCCGUCACAGAGAUCCCGUAGCUGGAGACUUUGGCAGCGUGGGCUUCUUUGUAGGCCUUGCGGUACAGUUCCUGGGCCUCCUGACGGACCACGGGCAGAGGCACGCAGCAGCUGGGGAGCAUGUCAUCGACCUACAUAGAAUCCUUCUCACCAUCAAGCCCUGUGUCGCCUGGCCUUUCGCUGUCUGUUUCUCUGCGGCAUUGGGGGCUUUGUUCAGGCCUGCAAUGUCCAUGACCUCCUCCAGCGCCUUCUUGGCCUCGUCUGCGAGGUCCAUCAACCUCAGGGAGGCAUCGAGGAGCUGCUGUUUGUCGUACUUCGGCUGCCCAAGGCCGUGACUGAGGUCGGCGGCUGACGCACCACGGGGGACGCAUGCCACCAAGAGAAUGAGAGAAAUGGAGAGGAAGCAGCUGGAGAGCGACAUGACCAGUGUCAGCUGGACUCACAGAGAGACGCCCCCAAGACCCCGCUGUAAAUUCAAGAGUAUUGAAUUGUAACGCAUCCUAGACACCGUUUCAAGGCAACCAAAUGUGGGUGUUUGUUUCCUUGGCUUUGCUAGCCAAGAACUUUGCGGGGAGCGCGCAGUCGCUGUGGCCCCGCCCGCCCUGUCUGAUGUGUCUGACAGUAGGUCAAUACUAU